AUGUGGAUCGGACCACUACGAGGAGAUAUUCACUCGGACGAAUCCCUUCUUGAUGCUGAUCUUUUUUCAACCACACUUUUUCCAAGCGGGCAAGGAAACGCGGACGACUUGAUUACAGCGCUCUGCCUAGUGCUAGCAGGAUGUGACGAUGUGCGUGACUUUUCUUUACGGGAGCAUUCGGUCCUUGGACAAAUCUUGGCUGCGCAAAAGAUCGAUUCAGUGGGGAUAGUGAAAGCUCACCAGAUUUACAAAAGUCUCCCAGCUGCUGUACAGAAAGAACUACACUACAAAACUCGGCUUCCUGUGAGAGGAUUGGAAAUAUUGGAAGCGACUGACGAUCGAGCUCUUCUAGAACAGUAUCUCCUAGCUGCAACAAUGAAGGACUGUUCU